AACAUCCCUUGAGAACAAAAGGUCCAAAUGGCUGAGGAGGCUGCCGCGCACCAUUUAUUGAACGUACUAGAAGAGAGGGAGCUGAAUGUCGAUCUCGACAAGGUGCUUGCGGCCUUCGAAGAUGAGGAUAUGAGGAGGGAGGCCGCGGAGUGGGUGAAUGAGUAUUUGAAUGAGGGGACAUUGUUGACGAAGGAGGAGUUUGAACUGUGUGAAGUUCUGAAGAAGAAAGGUGUUUUGCAGCAUUACAAUGGCAAAGAUGGUCCUGCGAGACCCUUUCUGGAUCACGAGCUCUACUCUGCGAUUGACGCGUUGGAGACUUCGACAGCGGCAAUUGAGCAGCAGUGUAAAGUCUUAGAAGCUCAGCGGGAUGCGUUGAUGGCGUUGAGGGCGCUGGAUAAGCCUAGUAUGGCCGCCGAACAUCUGCGAAAUGAUAGGAGGAGGAAGGAACAUCAAGAGAAAUCCAGACUCGAUAUGGCAGUAGAGGAUGCCACCACUGCCAUCAACGACCAGGUCGCCGAUACGCAGCGGGAUAUCGAUAAUGAAAAAUCGGCUCUGAAGAGCUGGAUCAAGGAACGGCUUGCCUCUGAUGACAAGAUCCUCGCCAACCUCCCCGGUAUUGUAUCCAAGAUACUUACGGAGCCCGUGGUCAGCGAGGACGAGAAGUCGGUCGAGCAGUGGUGCAAAGCCAUCGUGUCUUUCCGAACGGCAGAGAUCAAGGCUAGAGUGGACACGGUCUAUCUCCGGAGCUUGACAAAUGAUUCUCCAGAUCGACUCCCAAAUGCACCCGAAGAGGAACUGCGUCAGCGGAAAGAGGAACUGCAGGCCGAGCUCGAAACAUUGCACUCCGAGAUCUCUUCCGUUGCUGAGAUGGUGGUCGAGCAUGAACUCAGGAAGCCAAUGACUGACAUGAAGGAGCGGAAGGAGAGGGAAAGGGAGCAAGCGCGGAGUGCAUGGUUGAACUACGUUCUUUCAACCCUCGACUUCAUGGGCAAGCGUCUCGAUGUCAUCGCGGCACGCUCAGAAGAGAUAUCCGACUUCUAUCGAGCGCUCAAUCACAUCCACGCAGCAGCCAAACAGCGUCAAGAAGAGAUCACAACACAGCCGAAGUCUUCUUCACCAGUCUUGAAACGCACAGUUUCCCACUCCAAGUCCGCAUUCCCACCUAUCACACUCAAACCUACGUCAACUCUGAAUAUCCAUCCUGCGCUGCAGGACGCCCUGCGCCACGCGGGAAUCUCGUAUACCCAAGAGAACAUCGCCGCUCUAAAAGAAGCUCUCCUCACGACGCAACUCGAGCGCGAAAAGAAACUCUCCGAUCAUUACGACUCAGCUUCUUCAUCCACGCAUGAGCAACUCGCCGAGCGCUUAGGUAAAGCAGAUGCGGAAGCCAGAGUCAUCCUGGAUUCUUUGUAUGCGCAUACUCCGUUCGCGACGGUGAGGUUGAGGGAUCCAGAGGUGGAGAGGAAGAUUAGGGAGAAGGAGAGGAAGGUGGAGGAGGCGGAGAUGGGGUUGUUGAGUGCGGAGACGGGGGAGUUGGGUUUGGGGGAUGAGAGGGUGAGGGCGUUUGUGGAGAGGUUUGGGAGGUAGAUGAUUGAAGAAAGUACAAUACAAUGAUGCGAUUGUCGACUUUGGGAAUAGCCGUGAUCUGCAGCGCGUGGCUGUGGGAUUGGAAAGUUUAGUCGAAGUGAUGGUCAGCAUCAUCAUCACCACUGUAAUCACUGAUAUUCCGGUCGCGCGUCUGAAAAUACCAGACUGGUCAGGUGUUGGAAACUAUACAGAAUGGGAGGCUGGCACAUGGGUCUAUCUUGAAGUAUUUUAGCAGAGCGUUUGAGGUUCUGGACCUCUCUUUUAUCCAACUUUUUCGUGGAAUGCGUGUAGAGGAAUGGAAGAAGAAAGGAAAGUAAAGGGUU